AUGGUGCUGCGGACCUGCGGCGGUUCUUCCACAGACCACACUCGCUCAGUUCAACCUUUUCGCUCUUCAUGUAAGCUUCAAUCCCUUUCUCCCCCUUUCAGGUCUUCUCUUUUUGUGGGGUUUAACAAACCCCGUGCUCCCAAUAAUCUUCCCAAAUACACACAAAUUCCCCAUGCCCAGAACAAACCUUUUAAGCUUCAGUGUCAUUCCCAGAUUGUAGCUUCACCAGAUAAGAAGAACGUGAAUAAUAAUAAGGGGAAAAAAAAGAACAAUUCCGGAGGCAAUUUGCCUUCGAUUUUACGGGCUUUAGAAGUCGGCAUGAAUUUCGAAAAGAUUCUCGACUCUUACCAUGGGAAACUCGGCCCCAAAGAGCAGACAGUGAUUUUGAAGGAACAGGGCAAGUGGGAUAAGGUUAUGAGGGUUUUUGAGUGGUUUAAGUCUCACGAAGAUUAUGUCCCAAAUGUCAUACACUAUAAUAUUGUGCUUCGUGAACUGGGCAGAGCCAAGAAAUGGGAUGAAUUGAGGCUCUGUUGGAUUGAAAUGGCAGAAAAGGGUGUUCUGCCCACGAAUAACACAUACAGCAUGCUUAUAGAUGUAUACGGGAAAGCUGGGCUGGUGAAGGAGGCUCUUCUGUGGAUUAAACACAUGAAAUCAAGAGGGAUUUUUCCAGAUGAGGUCACCUUGUCUACUGUUAUCAAAGUUUUGAAGGAUGCCAAGGAAUAUGAUAGGGCACAUAGGUUCUAUAAAGAUUGGUGUGCUGGUAAAAUCAACAUGGAAGAUCUCGAUCUGGAUAGCAUGGGUGACCAGCAAUCCAUUAGUUUGAAACAGUUUUUGAUGUCCGAGCUUUUCCGUACGGGUGGGAGGUCUCAUCAUUUAACUAACGACAUUGAUAGUUAUGUGAGAAAACCACGUCUAACCGCUACUUACAAUACGCUUAUAGACUUGUAUGGAAAGGCGGGCCUCUUAAAAGAUGCUGCGAAUGUGUUUUCUGAUAUGUUGAAUUCUGGUGUGGCUCCCGACACCUUUACGUUCAACACGAUGAUUUAUAUCUGUGGUAGUCAGGGACAUUUGUCUGAGGCCAAGGCUUUGCUUACUAAAAUGGAGGAAAGAGGGAUUUCUCCCGAUACCAAGACUUACAACAUUUUCCUUUCGCUGCAUGCGAGUGCAGGUGACAUAGAUGCUGUUCUUAGAAGCUAUAGAAGGAUUAGGGAGAUGGGUCUUUUUCCUGAUGAUGUAACUUACCGAGCUGUCCUUAAGAUACUGUGCGAGAAAAAUAUGGUUCAGGAUGUGGACUGUGUAAUUCAAGAAAUGGAGAAAAUGGGUAAGCGUAUUGAUGAAAGCUCUCUCCCAGUACUGAUUAACAUGUACAUUGGUGCUGGAUUGUGCGAAAAGGCAAAGGCGUUGGUCGAGAAAUGUAAGUCGUAUGGAGUUCAGUUUUCACCCAAGGUUUAUGCGGCUAUAAUUGACGUGUAUGCGGAGAAGGGACUUUGGGCUGAGGCUGAGGCUUUGUUCUGUAGCAAAUGUGAACACAAGGAUGUCUUGGAGUAUAAUGUUAUGAUAAAAGCUUAUGGUAAGGCGAAAUUGUACGAAAAAGCAGUCACGCUCUUCAGGGGCAUGAGAAAUCAAGGUACGUGGCCUGACGAAUGCACGUACAACUCCCUUAUUCAGAUGCUUGCCGGAUGUGAUUUGGUGGACAGCACACGAGCUUUUCUAGUCGAAAUGCAGGAAGAAGCUAGGUUCCGACCCAGUUGUUCGACCUUUGCAGCCGUCAUUGCUUGCUUUGCAAGGAACAAGAUUCUCGCGGAAGCAGUCGAGGUGUUUGAGAAGAUGCCGGAAGCAGACGUGAAGCCGAACGAAGUCGUGUACGGGACCUUGAUCGACGGUUUCGCUGAGGCGGGAAAUUUCGAAGAGGCGGCUCGUUUUUUCCGAGCCAUGGAAGAUUCCGGAAUCUCGCCCAACCAGAUAAUUCUAACGUCGAUGAUCAAGGCAUAUGGAAAGAUUGGGUCCGUGGAGGGAGCUAAGAGGAUCUACGAGAGGAUGAAGAUGAUAUUCGGUGAUGGGCUCGACAUUGUGGCCUCCAAUAUCAUGCUUUAUCUGUAUGGUGAAUUCGGGAUGCUAUCCGAGGCAGAAGCGUUGUACGACCAUUUAAUAGAAAAUAACCGAGCAGAUGGAGUUACGUACACGACCAUGAUUUAUGUUUACAAGAACCUGGGAAUGCUCGACGAGUCCGCCGAAGUUGGUAGGAAGAUGAAAAACUCUGGCUUGGUCACGAAUUGCGUGACGUACAAUAAACUGAUGGCGUGUUUUGCUACAAACGGGCAGUUGCUCGAGUGUGGCGAGUUUCUGCAUGAGAUGUUAAUGGAUAAGAAGCUUUCGCCAGAUGAGGGAACUUUUAAGGUUUUAUUUGCAGUACUGAAGAAAGGAGGUUUCCCUGGCGAAGCUGUACAACAGCUCGAGUUAUCCUACAAAGAAGGGAAACCCUUUGCCAAGCAAGCCAUUAUAAUUUCCGUUUUCUCUGCAGUCGGUUUGCAUGAAUAUGCGCUAAAAUUAUGUGGGGUUUUUGCCAAACGAGAAGAAGGGCUCAACUCAUUUGUUUGUAGUGCCGCUAUUCGUGCGUAUACGGCUUAUGGGAAAAUCGAUCGUGCGUUGAAUGUGUUCAUGAGGAUGCAGAAUGAAGGGGUGAAGCCUGAUAUUCUUACGCUAAUCAGUCUCGUGGGUUGUUAUGGGAAAGGUGGGAUGGUGGAAGGAAUCGAGCGCGUGCAGAGCCGUUUGAGAUAUGGUGUGGUUGAGCCUAGUGAGUCAUUGUACAAGGCUGUUGUGGAUGCUUAUAUGAAUGCCAAUAGGCAGGAUCUUGCUAAAUUGGCCAGUCAAGAGAUGAGAAUUGUUUUGAAUGAUGCUAAUCGUCUGUUUAUGGACUCUGAAUCUGAGGACACUGAUGAAGCCUUUAUGGACUCUGAUUCUGAGUAUGCUGAUGAUAUCAGUGAAUGA